CCAUUUCCUUCGAGCAAGAAGAAAGCAAAUCUCAGAAAUUCAUCAGAUGGGUUUUGAGAACGAACCUAGCUCCUCCUCCUCUUAUACCCUUAAAAUACCCCCACCGGCCAGAGAGGACACGCCUCUCCUCGGCAAGGGACCUCCCCUCUCCAGCCAGUUCAAGACCUUCGCCAACGUCUUCAUCGCUGUCGUCGGCGCUGGUGUUCUUGGUCUUCCUUACGCCUUCAAGCGUACCGGAUGGCUCAUGGGUGUCCUCCUCCUCGUCUCCGUCUCUGUUUUGACCCAUCACUGCAUGAUGCUUCUUGUCCAUACCCGCCGCAAGCUCGACUCUUUUAAUGCUGGCAUCUCCAAGAUCGGCUCUUUUGGGGACCUUGGAUUCGCCGUCUGCGGCUCCUUCGGGAGGGUCGUCGUUGACUUAUUUAUUAUUCUCUCUCAAGCUGGUUUUUGUGUCGGAUAUCUUAUCUUCAUCGGCACUACUUUAGCUAAUCUAUUCGAUCCUGAUUCGCCCACCAGUCUCAGGCAUCAGUUUACAAGGCUGGGUUCUGAAUUCCUGGGCGUGUCUUCUAAGAGUCUCUACAUUUGGGGAUGCUUUCCCUUUCAGCUCGGUUUGAAUUCGAUUAAGACCCUCACUCACUUGGCUCCUCUCAGCAUCUUCGCCGAUGUUGUUGAUCUUGGCGCUAUGGCUGUGGUCAUUGUAGAGGAUUCCAUGAUUAUACUCAAGCAAAGGCCUGACGUCGUUGCCUUUGGUGGUAUGUCCCUCUUCUUGUAUGGUAUGGGCGUGGCUGUCUAUUCCUUCGAAGGCGUUGGAAUGGUCUUGCCUCUUGAAUCGGAGAUGAAGGACAAGGACAAGUUUGGCAAAGUCUUGGCACUCGGCAUGGGAUUCAUCUCUCUCAUAUACAUCGCAUUUGGUUUCCUAGGUUACUUGGCUUUUGGUGAGGACACCAUGGACAUAAUCACUGCUAACUUGGGGGCAGGACUUGUCAGCACUGUUGUUCAGCUUGGACUCUGCAUCAACCUCUUCUUCACCUUCCCCUUGAUGAUGAAUCCAGUGUUUGAGAUAGUGGAGAGGCGUUUCUCGCGCGGGAUGUACUCUGCGUGGCUCAGAUGGCUACUCGUCUUGGCAGUGACUCUGGUGGCUCUCUUUGUGCCAAACUUUACAGAUUUUUUGUCAUUGGUUGGCAGCAGCACUUGCUGUGUGUUAGGGUUUGUGUUACCUGCAUUGUUUCAUUUAUUGGUGUUCAAGGAAGAGAUGGGGUGGAUGCAAUGGAGUUCAGACACAGCGAUUGUGGUACUGGGUGUGGUUCUUGCUGUGUCGGGAACUUGGAGUUCCCUGAGUGAGAUCUUUUCGGUCAAAGUGUGAGCGUCCGGGAAGUGAGAGAUUGGAGAGGUUUUUCUCUACUUGUGUCCAAUAAGUCUCAAGUGUGCAAUUAUGUAUAUGGGAUUUGUUGUGGUGUUAAGAGUAACUGUGAUUGUAUUUGUAUUUUGAUGGUUGGAAUAAAAGAGAUCAGCUCUG